UGUGCUUCGCACUCCUCAUGGCCGAGGUGGGCCUCUUCACUACAAUCAUUGCGCCUAUGCCCUUCACCAUGCGCAAGCGCCUGAUGCGCUUCUUGAGCGACAACCCAAUCAUCGCCAAGAUCCAGUAUGGGCUCAAAAUCACAUUCAUUUUCAUCGCUGUCCUCUUUGUGGAUGCCCUCCAGCGUAUGAUCCGCAUUGCCCAGGAGGGCGCAAAGGCGAAGGCGCAGCCUGACAUCACUGACGCGCGAACUGAGAUGGCCUACGCCGCUCGCCGCUUCUACGCCCAGCGCAACCUCUACCUUACUGGCGCGACCCUCUUCCUCUCGCUGGUCCUCUCGCGGGUCUUCUACAUUCUCCUUGACUUCAUUACCACCCAGGAGCAGCUGAACGCCCUUUCGGUCAAGACAGCCAAGGGCUCGCAGGCUGCUGGUGAGACCGAGGAGCUCCGCAAGCGCGUUCGCGAGCUCGAAGCCGACCUCAAGGUCUCGCAGACCCAGGGACGCGACUUUGACACGCUCAAGAAGCAGGCGUCGCAGCAGGCCCAGGAAUACAACCGUCUCGCUGACGAGCACGUUAAGGCUACCGGCGCAAAGUCGGACAAGAAGUUCGACUGAGCCAGCACCCGAGCUCGAGUGGCCAGCAGGCGAGGAUGGCCCUGCCUCGACGAGGCUGCCCUUGCCCUCGACCCACUGAAACGUACCUGAAUCAUUAGUCAUGAUAGAAUUUAAAUGUACUUGAUUCGGUGUGAA